CCAGCUUUUCUGGCCUCUUGGAAGGUAGAGAAGGUGAUUCAGUUUAUUCUUUCAUCAAAUAUUUAUUGCUUGAAGACUUAACCCUACACCAGCCUUUGGAGACUCCUGCAUGUGUUUAGAAGGACUGCUGAAGCCUGAAAGUCCCCUCCCCCCACCCUUCCCCCUUUGCCGCUUUGUGGCAUUCCCCUCCCUGUACUCUUUCCCACUCUGAUAAUCUAGCCAUGACUAGCAGAGGCACAGCCAGGCCCAAUGGGCAGCCCCAGGCCAGCAAAAUAUGCCAGUUCAAAUUGGUCUUGCUGGGUGAAUCUGCAGUGGGGAAGUCUAGCCUGGUAUUACGCUUUGUCAAAGGGCAGUUCCAUGAGUACCAGGAGAGCACCAUUGGAGCGGCCUUCCUCACGCAGUCUGUUUGUCUAGAUGACACAACAGUCAAGUUUGAAAUCUGGGACACAGCUGGGCAGGAGCGGUACCAUAGUUUGGCUCCCAUGUACUACAGAGGUGCCCAGGCUGCAAUUGUGGUUUAUGACAUUACUAAUCAGGAAACCUUUGCCCGAGCAAAAACAUGGGUGAAGGAACUGCAGCGACAGGCCAGUCCUAGCAUCGUCAUCGCCCUGGCAGGGAACAAGGCUGACCUGGCAGAUAAGCGCAUGGUGGAGCAUGAGGAGGCCCAGGCGUAUGCCGAUGACAACAGCUUAUUGUUUAUGGAGACAUCAGCCAAGACAGCUAUGAACGUGAACGAUCUCUUCCUGGCAAUAGCUAAGAAGUUGCCAAAGAGUGAACCCCAGAAUCCGGGGGGUGCAUCAGGCCGAAGCCGGGGUGUGGAUCUCCAUGAGCAGUCCCAGCAGAACAAGAGCCCGUGUUGUAGCAACUGAGAGAGUUCUAGCAGCAAACAAGUAUGGAGCUAGAAAGAAAGCUAAGAAGUAACCUCCACCCCUACCCCUCAACACAGCCCCUAUGGGAACAGCACACUGAGCCCUGGCUCUCAGGGGCUGCCUCCUGACAGCUCCAUCAUGGCACUUUUUAAUGCUUCAGCAACCAACACCAGGCAGCUGUUGCCAUUGGCCUCCUCCCCCUACACUGGGGCUUGGGGGUCAGAUCCCUUCAAAAACAAACUUUCUUCACUUUGUAUUAUAGGUGCAAGACAGUGACCUACUUACCUUUCCUCUGCCGCCGCUGCCUCCUCCUCCCCAUUUCUUCAGAAAACAUUUUUUGUCUCCUGCCCUUUUCCCUUCUGCUUUUGGUCAGUCUCUGUUCUUGAUCCCCUUUUCCUCCUCUUCCCAGGAUGGAGAAGGUGAUGAACCUAAGAACUGAGGAUGGAGGUUUUUAGUACAGUCACAUUAAGGGCCCUGGGGAGAGUAAGGCUCAGCACUGGAGGGAGUAAGGACACAUCUCCUGUUUGUUUUUAUUUGGUUGGAGUUGCCCAUAUUUGAAGACACUGCAGUAUCCAUGAGUUGUCCUUGGGGAAUGUUUCUAAGUAGAGAUGAGAAUGGGAAGGCAAGCUCUCGGGUACCAGGUGGGAGUCACGUUGUUAGCUUACUGGGCAGAGGUAGAGGGGGAGGUGCAGUGUCAUCUGUGGCUCUGAAAUUGUACCAAGGCCUGUUUUCCCCCUUACCCAGCCUCUCAUCUUAGGUAGCUUCUCCCCCACAGUAGGGGAGACUCUGGACCUGGAGUCCUCCAAAGAACCUUCACUGGUUGCCUGCAUCUUUGGCUCUGCUGUGAUCUAAUUAGAGGAGGGACCAGUUUCAGAUACCCAUCCUCUGAUUUAUACAUAUGCAUUUUCUUUUCUCUCUGGCCUUUAGACGGCUUCAGCCCCAGCCACUAUAGCCCCCUGCAGUUUGCACUUUAAUUGAUGGUAGCUCAAUUGGGAUACUUGUUUUAUGGGGGUUUGAUUGGUUUAUCUGCUCCCUCACCUUCUUAAUUAAAUGGAAUCUGAGGCAGUAUGUAUAUGAGUUUUGGGAGGGGCUGUAGAGAGCAGUCAGUGGCAGCUACCCAAACCCAGUCUCCCUUGCUUGCUUCCUCCAGGUCUAAUCCUUAACCUGUAUUCUUGCCAACCUAGCUCUCCAGUAUAGGUUUGCCUUUCCUGGGGAAUCAACUGAGCACCUGGAGAGUGGUCUCGGAUAGCACAGGCCAUAGCAGGGGAGUGAAAGCGUCAGGCAAGAGGGAGGUGUUUUUUAUCCUUUCCUAGGGUUCACAUUCAAUUUGACCUGCCCUUUACAAUGUCUUUUCUACUUCCCUGUAAAUAGGUAUGAUCUUUAUUCCCACUGUACAGUCUUUUCUGUCCCCUCCGUGCCAUCAGGGACUAUUUCUUUUCUCUUUGUUAGUAUCUUCAGUUUAGUGCCUCCAUCCAUAUCCCCAUAUCCACCCACCCCCAUGCAACCAGUGGUUGAAUCCAUAUACCACUAGGGGCUAGUACCACAGAGGCCUACUUGUGGCCCCUUCAUAUCCUAACUCCUGACAACUGGCACUGAAGGUCCUUCACAGCUGUCUCCCAUCACCAGGGUACCUUGGUCCUUUCUAAAUCUUUAGCCUUUUUUCACAUCCCUGAUUAGGUGUUUUAGGAUGUCAUUGGGAAGCCAUCAAGGCAAGAGAAUUUUAAAGUUGUUCUAGCCCAGAGUUUUGAGAAACUAGAGGGAAGUGAGAUCAGAAAGGUCACAGUUACCUAAGAUUGGAACCUUUCCACCCUUUAGGCUUGUAGACUGCCUUCUGUCCCAGAGCCUCUGAGAAAUCUAUGAAACUGAAAUUCUGAAGAACCCAGCUUAGGUUCUUCCACUUAGAUCUCAAUUCUCUUCCUUCUCCAGGGACAGCCUUAGU